AUGGCUCAAAGAGAUCCCCAGUUCAACCAGAAGCUCCUCGUGGAUACCACGCCAAUGCCCGACCACAUUCCCAAGGUCGAAGAGAUUGGUGCCACGUCUGCUUUCCUCGCCAGCGCUUCCUUCGCAAUUGGCGCCCGCUGCCAGGCUUUCAACGAUGACUACAUGAAGUGCAAGGACGAGGCGAACGGCCGCGGCGAGUUCGACUGCUUGAAGGAGGGUCGCAAGGUUACCCGCUGCGCUGCCAGUGUCAUCAAGGACAUCAACACGCACUGCAUGCAGGAGUUCCAGGCUCAUGUCGACUGCCUGGAGAACAACAACCAGACCUUUUUCAACUGCCGUCGUCCCGAGCAGAAGCUCAACAGCUGCAUCUUCGACAAAUUGGUAGGUCCCGAUGUCUCCAGUUCUCAUUUCCACCUAGGAAAUGAAAUGCACAUGUAUCAGCAUCUGACUUCCUCUCGCGUACAGGGUCUGAAGAAGGAGGUUCCCGGCAGCCCCGAGAACCAGGUUCCUGUGUGGCAGCGACCUAAGCAGAUGUACGCGGAGUACCCUGGCCGCCAGUUCUAA